AUGUAUGAGGAAAGAGUAGCUUUUAAAGGCAAAACAUUCCACAAACUCAAAAGAAAUGCAGCAAAGGGCGAAAAUGGAUGUAUAAUACUGAUAGGCGGGUCUAGAAUAUACACGGGUGCCCCAAUAUUUACAGCCUUGGGGGCGAUGCGUUCUGGAUCUGAUCUUGUUUAUAUAUUUACAGCUAGUGAAGCCAUAGAUGCUAUUAAACAAAUUCCGGAGGUAAUAGUCUUGCCCUUUGAAAUGAAUUGUAGAAUUCUUGACAAGGCAACUGCUUGUGUUGUCGGUCCGGGACUUGGAAGGCCUGCAGAAGAUGAAAUUUCACAAAUACUCAAAAUUCUCGACUACCUUGACUCCAGAAAUAUACCUUUCGUCUUAGAUGCCGAUGCUAUUCAUUAUUACAAGACUGGCAUAUUUGCACAUCUUAAAAAUGUAAUUUUAACACCAAACUAUAAAGAAGCAAUGGGUUUAGAAGUGCUUGACCAUCACAUCUGUAUUUAUAAAGGAAAAGCUGACGUUAUUGAGACUAAAUCAAGAAAGUUGGAAAUAAAUAGUCCAUCAUCGUUAAAAAGAUGUGGUGGCCAAGGGGAUAUUUUGAGUGGAAUUCUAGCAACGGCUCUUUCAUUAAAUGGCGCAGAUAUGGUUGAUGCAUCUCUGUCAUCAUGCGAACUUCUAAGAACAUCUACUUCUUUCGCCUUCAAGAAGCAUGGAUUUUCCUUGAUUACAUCUGACAUUUUUGAUGAAAUUCGGAUAGCAUUACUAGAACUAUUGAACGACAGCAUAUAA